CGCAGGCCUGCCGCCAUGGAGGCCGCCUGAGUCGGCGGCGAGGGGCCUGGGGUACUCCAGGCUGGGGGUCGCGGCGGUUGGAGGCCCUGAAAAUUUCAUGACGUAGUACACACACCUGACCUGAGUGAGAAUAUACCUGAAGAAAUAAGACCAGAGAGGUGCUCCCGGCCCAGGAGUCAUGUGGGACCCAGCCAUGGAUGAGGUCACCUUCAGAAGUGACACGGUGCUGUCAGAUGUCCACCUGUACACCCCAAACCAGAGACACCUCAUGGUGCGGCUGAAUGGCGUGGGGCAGCCCGUUUUCCUAUCCCAGUUCAAGCUUCUAUGGAGCCAAGACUCUUGGACGGACUCAGGGGCUAAGCGUGGUGAUCACAAAUGUGUCACCACACAGGAGACCCCUCCUGCUGGGACCAGUGGCCCAUGGUCCCCUCCUGGAAGGGGUUGUGGUCAUGAGGGUUUCUCCCUCUGGGCCAGUUCUGACAGCACCAGCCAGGAAGAGGCAGGUGCUCAGCUGGAUGAGGAUGGGGAUUUGGAUGUGGUGAGAAGACCACGGGCUGCCUCUGAUCCUGACCCUGCAGAGCCACCACGAGACAAGGUACAACCCACAGUUCUAACCCAGGAAGAAGAGGACAUCCUAGAAGAUGAAACACCUGAGAGCUGCCCCCAGACUAUCAUCAAAAUAGAGCACACCAUGGCCACCCCCCUGGAGGACGUUGGCAAGCAGGUGUGGCAGGGUGCCCUGCUCCUGGCAGACUACAUCCUGUUCAGGAGGGACCUGUUCCAGGGACGGACUGUGUUGGAGCUCGGGGCGGGCACGGGGUUCGCCAGCAUCGUGGCAGCAACCAUGGCGCGGACCGUGUACUGUACAGAUGUCGGCGCAGACCUCCUGGCCAUGUGCCAGCGGAACAUUACCCUAAACAGCCACCUGGCUGCCACAGGAGGUGGUGUAGUGAAGGUCAGGGAGCUGGACUGGCUAAAGGACCACCUCUGCACCGAUCCUGAGGUCCCCUUCAGCUGGUCAGAAGAGGACAUCGCUGACCUUUAUGACCACACCACCGUGCUGUUUGCAGCCGAAGUGUUUUAUGAUGACAACCUGACCGAUGCUCUGUUCCGCACCCUGUGCCGGCUCACCUGCAGGCUGAAGAACGCCUGUACAGCCCUGCUGUCGGUGGAGAAGAGGUUCAACUUCACACUGAGACACCUGGACAUCACGUGUGAAGCCUACGAUCACUUCCGCUCCUCUCUGCAUGCGCUGGAAACGCGCUCGGACGGCAGGCUGCGCUUUGUGGUGGAGCCAGUGGAGGCCUCCUUCCCGCAGCUGCUGGUGUAUGAGCGCAUCCGGCAGCUGGAGCUCUGGAAGAUCAUUGCAGAACCAACAGCGUGACCUGUCACCUUCAUCACACGUGGCUCCCUGACUGUUCUUGCAAUAUAGCUCUAAUAAAGUCAGAAGUUCAGCAAAGGCUUGCCCUUGAGACACGGUCAUUUCAAAAGCUUGGUAAGUGCUAGCCUUCCGUGAGCCAAUAUGGUUUUCGGGGGCCUGUCACAGCCUUCUGGCAGCAGCCAGAGAGCAGCACUGCUGUGGGCUGGGAGUCCACUGAGUGGCCUGUGUCCGUGCCGAGAACUUGUUGCCCACAGAGCUUCGGGCACAGCUUGGUCAGGCUGAGCAAGUGCUCCCAGCCUGAGUCCACCCAGCCAGCAUUUUCUGCGUGAACUUGCUGGGGCCAGCCUAUGCAGGCCAUCUGCAUGCUCCCUCUGCUGUUUGCAGAUGUUUUUAAUGCGCUUGCCACAAUUGCUGUAAUAACCACACAGCCUAGAGGCCUCGUGUCCUUCCAAAACUGUGUGCCCAUCCCUGACCCUUCAGUGAGGGCCCUGCGCCAAAGAGUGCACUGAACUAGCCAGCGAUUUUUUUUUCAAUUUUAACCUUUAUAACUAAAAUUAGAUAAGCUUAGGAAAAACAGAAGAGCCACUGUGCUGGGCCCAGUGGCUGACCCAGGUCCCUGCAUGGACCUGCCUCACAAGCGUUUCCCUCUCCUGGGGUGCAGUGCCCUUCUCCACUGCCUCCCUCUGUGUCUUGUAUCCGUGUCAUCUGUGUCCCUCUCCAGCUCUCCUCUUGCCCCCAGUUCCAACUCUUUGUUCCCUACCUGCCUGGCUCCUGCUGUGUGUGGCACUCUCCAGGCCUGGUGGCCCUGGCCACACUCACCUCUCCCUGGAUGCCUGGGUCCGUCUCCUUCAUCAUCUCAUCUUUGUGUCUGGGGCCAGCCACUCACAAGACUUCCUUUCAUCUUUCCAACAAGGAGAUCAGCAGUGUGGCUCUACCCAUUUUGCAUUUGAGAAGAUUAAGGCUCCAAAAGAAAUAAAUAAAUCUCCCUGGGGCAGGGACCUUGUUUGUUUGAGAUAGCACUAUGUAACUGGCAUA